UGCACCGCUGUCGAUGCCACAUAUACCUGGUGACACACACCACCGCCGAUAUCUGCCGCCACGAUGCCGCCUUUUCUAGCCGCACAAGCUAGCGCCCCUGGCAAAGUUAUCCUCUUUGGGGAGCACGCCGUAGUGUACGGAAUCCCAGCCAUUGCCAUGGCUGUCUCCGACCUUCGCGUGUCAACACGUGUCACAUUUGGCGGCGACCCGAACGUCGUUGUGAGUCUGCUCAACCUUACAAGCAUGCAAGAUACCUUGCCUCUCUCUCGCACGUGGUCGCUAACGUCAAUUAAAGCGGCGUUUCUUGGUGUCGACAUCGCCUCCCCGGACACCUUUCUGCCGCGACCGUCCGCAGCAAUCACGGCCGCGCUUGGUAAAUUUUUGUCGGGUCAACAUCCCAAGGACGCAAAUGCUCUCCGUCCUGCGCUCUUUCUCGUGCUGGCGAUCCUGCCCGACCUUCUGGACCAGUCGUUGGGGGUGCGCAUCCAAGUCACGUCCGGGGAGUUUCCGUUGGGGGCUGGUCUUGGCUCGUCCGCCGCUUUCUGUGUGUCUGUGGCUGCCGCCUUGCUCCGAAGUCGAAGCUCGGACGUGUUGUUGAGCACGAUUAACGCGCAUGCCUUUGCGGCCGAAGUCCUGCUGCACGACGACCCGUCUGGCGUGGAUAACACCGUGUCCACGUACGGUGGGGCGAUUCUGUACGAAAAGAGCCCCCAGUCGAUGUCGUUCCUGCAAGACUUGCCGACCCUGCGCUUCCUUGUCACGAACACAAACGUCCCGCGAGAAACCAAAGUGCUGGUGGCCAACGUCCGAGCGCUGCACACGGCCGACCCAGCCUUUGUCAACGCCCGCUUUCAAGCGAUUCACGAGAUCGUGUCGUCCUUUCAACAGCAAGUUGGGACGGACGCAGCGACAGCGUUUUCGCCAGCGGCAUUUCAAGCGAUGAUUGCGCGCAACCAAACGCUUCUGGCCGACGUCGGCGUGAGCCACCCUGCUAUUGAAACAGUGGUGAAGUUGGCGGGUCCUGAUCUGCCCACGAAACUAACGGGGGCUGGCGGCGGUGGAUGCACCAUCACCUACAUCCCAGAGCACACGGACGAAGCGGUCGUGUUGGCUCUGAAGGCAAACCUUGCCAAGGAGGGGUUCACUGUGAUCGAGACGGUCCUGGGUGGCCAUGGCGUCAAGGUUGCUGCCUUGGCAAACGUUGAAGCGUAGGAACGAGCGACGGAUAGACGUGGUUGCCGUCCUCGUUCGCGUAACCAUCACGUACUAGACGUGGCUUAACAUUCCAGACGUUGCCAUGGUCAACUGCCUGGCCAUUUGAGCGGUUC